CUGUGCCAUAUCCACGUCCUCCUCCUCUUUAAACCCCUCUCUUACGUACUUUCUCUCCGUCUUGCAGAAACCCCCAACACGUAUUCGACACUCGACAGAUUAACCAACAUGACCAAACCCUGACUCCAUCAUCUCAUCUUCAAGCUGUUUUAUCAUUCAGCACUCUUUGUAUGAAUGGACCAUGCCUUUCCCUGUCCUACAGCUCCCAUCAUCCUUCAGCUGGCCUUAACGCCUCCAUUAUUAACAUCCUCAACCGCAUCUUCUUCUGCUGAAGCCUACAUCAGAAACACAUUAGACUAGCCCAGAUUGAUCGCAGUGGAUCAAUCUAACCCAGACUUCUCCAGCACUAACCUUCUUCGUUUGUCCUCCCAUCUGAUUAUUUUGACCUCUCACAUCUAAGAAGACUUAAAUGUCCUUUCAAAACAAGCCUCUCAUUCGUUUGUCUGGAUCUCUGAAGCUGCAAAUCAAUCAUGUGGUCCACGUUCAUCGUGCAGGAUGAAGAGGUAAGGACGGCAAACACAUCAGCUUCCGGUGGCCUGGAAGGGUUUUUGGGAUCACGGGGCGGUGGACGCAAGCGCCGACACAGAACGCACUCCAGUUCUGGAGAUGGAAUUAGCGAAAGCCAAGAGGGCAAAAUCAAGCUGACGUUGUUCAUGGCUGUAACCGGCAUCAUGCUUACUGUGCUCGGGGUGGGAACAGAGUUCUGGGUGGAGCUUAAACCACCCAAGAGCUUCUACAACAAUCAGACUUGUCUGGUAGCACAUUAUGGCUUAUGGAAAUGCUGUACCAAGACAUUCUGGGUGUCAGAUAUGGACCCAAAGCAGGAGACCUGUGGGCCUCUGCACUUACAGGGAGAAUCCAAUUGCACCUUCUUUAAGUUCUACACCACUGGAGAAAACAUUGUCCUAUUUCAGAAAACGCCAGAAAAGGAUCUGACAGUAGCGUCGGCCAUGUUUGCUAUCAUUAGUCUUUUCCUGAUGGUGAUGGGAGCUAUCUGCAUUAUCAUGGCAGUAAGCAAAGGUGUUCAGUUCUUCUUGAAGCCAGCCGCUGUCUGCUUCAUACUGUCAGGUGUCUUAAUCUUCCUCUGCCUCAUAGUUUUCCACCAAUCAGUGCUUUCUUUCCUAGCAAGUGACCAAUCCAUACCUCUACAUCAUGAAAUGUCAUGGUCAGUGACGUGUGUGGGCUGCGCCGGGGCUCUGGUCAUUGUCGCCGGGGUCUUGUUCUUGAUCCUUGCUCUUCCAUACAGUCCUUGGGAAAAAUGCUUACCUAAAAAAAACAGUGACAUCUAGUGGCGUGGGGGCUGUAGCGCGCGUCUCAUUCAGAUUUGUACUAAUAAAGUGGAACAGACAGCAACAGUACAUGGUGAAUCUGGAUGUAUAUAUAUAUAUAUAUAUAUAUAUAUAAAAGCAAUGGUUGGCAAUGCGAUUAUGUUGUGCAUAAGUUGGCACUAGAGAGGAUGCUGAUGGAAACGUAACAGGAAGUGAGCCAGACAUUUUGGCAGAGCGUAUGUACCUUGAAAAUGAAAGUGCCUAAAACAAUAAUACAUAUAAGCUCAUAACUUUUACAUAAUAUCACAUUUUUGGGAAAACUUGUGCAAUAUUUAAUUAUUGGUUGAAUUCUAUCUUUUGUUAUUUUAAUGUUUUUAAAUGAUAUGAAACAUAUGGCCUAGGUAAACUUGAUGCUGUAUAUUUUGUUUGACUUUAUGUACAGUUUGAGACAUUUAAAGGUUCUGGUUUAUGUUAUAUUUAACCUUUUAUGAAGAUUGAGGUAUAAAUUGAGGUAAAAUCAUGUUACAUUUUUGAGACAGAAGUCUAAAUGCCAUACUGUAGUUGUGCUGAUAUAUAUUGCGGUAUAAAUGUAUGGCAUGAUUGGGCUUCCAAACACCGACAGCACUGUAAAAACUGUUUUAACUUAAAAUUAUGUUUUACCCCGCCGACCUACAAUUUCUAGUUUGGUCAACUAAAAUAUUCCAGUUGUCACUUAAAUUAACUUAAAAUUUCAAGUUGACUACACUAGAAAGUUUAAAUCAGCGAGGUAAAUUAUUUUACGUUGAAACAACGUAACCAUUUUUACAGUGUGUUAUUAAAGUUGUAGGUAACAGAAAUGAAGCUUAUUUGUGCUUUUAUGUUUAUGUCUAUGCAGACAUUUUCAAGCUUCGAUUUGGUCUUGACACUAAAAUACAUCCAAAAAAACCACAAAUCUUUUCUUCUUCGUGAUGUGGAAAACAGCCUUCACGUCUCGUCAGUGAGGCAAAUAAGAAAACCACUUGAAAUCCAUAACAAAGCUGCUUGAGAUACAUGAGCGAAUUUAUUGUGUUCCCGGUGGACGCUGACCGUUUAUUAACGGUGGCGCCUUAAACGCGAAGCAAACACGUGGAAUUGCAUAUCUGAAAAACAACAUGACCACUCAAUUUAUUAUAUUUAUAUUCGGAGAGAACUGUAGCAUUGUAAAUAAAUAACAAAUAAAGUAAUGGCUUUUCACAGGAACACAACUUUAAAUGUGCUGGCUGAUUUGCAAAAUUAUACAUACUGAGAAAUUGAUAUUUCGGAAAGAGACAGGCGAUGGAAACAUGUCAUCGAUUUUUUUUUUUUUUUUUUUUAGAAGAGGGCAGUUUAGGCUUUCGAAAGGAACUUUAGCUACGCGAUGGUGCGUCCAGUUCUAAUGAAAAUCUGGUUUUGGGUUUGAUCUGUGGUUUUAGUCUGGCAGCUGACAGCACCAGUGAAAAGCCCACUUGAUUCAUCUCCGGUUCUGACCAGCCCUCUUCAUCUGGAGGUGGUCGCUUGACGACAGCAAGAGACGAAGUGAAAUCAAAAGCAUUAAUUAAAAGCCCCAUCGUCUGCUGCUGCUGCUCCUGCUGCUUCCCAUUGUGAACGCUGACACUAAUGCCGAUCUAGAAUCAGUUACUGAAAGUGUUAGAGGAAAGCAGAUCAUAAUAAUGAGAAACUUUCAUUGUUGGCUGCCUCUGGUGCAUGACAGAAAUAGCUUUCCUACUGAGUUGGGCUAGGUUAUGCAACAAUCCGAACUAAGAAGUGCUGGUUUAAAAGUCAAACUUUGAGCGUUUCAUUUAUUUAUUUAUUUAUGUUUAGCCUCUUAAUGUGAAUUUUUAUUUUUAAAAAGAAUGUUUGGAUGAAAGUAUUUUUGCAGGUGUGCAGUGACAUCUGGCACCACAAUGAUGUACUCUGGGAUUUUUCAACAGACAAUUUGCCUUUUAGUGUUUUUUUCCUAUAGGCAAAACUGAAGUAAUGCUUCCCAUUUAAGCAAUGUUUUCUGUCUUUCUGGUAGUUCUGUUAUUAUUAUUAUUAUUAUCAGUUUUGGUUUUGGUUCUGACUAUUUUCAGGAUUGAAAUUUGACUAAAUGGAAAUUACACAUUUUUAUAUUCAAAUAUUUGUGCAUUAUAUUAUAUUAUAUUAUAUUAUAUUAUAUUAUAUUAUAUUAUAUUAUAUUAUAUAUCCUCUCAGGUGUAGUAUUUUUAGUUUUAUAAUUUUGGAAGGUCUUACUGUGAUUUGAAAAAAUCAUUAAAACAAAGUGUGACAAAAAUUGAAUUCAUAAAUAAAGAGUGGUAAAGAUCUGUGUAUGCAUUGGAUCUUAUUCUAAAUCUUUUAUUGUCCGACUGAAUAGAUAUUGCGCAUUUUUGUAUUCAAAUAGUUUCUGGGUGAAUUGUAAGUACAUUUUGUGCAUAUUAUAUUACAUUAUAAUAUAUUAUAUUAUAUUAAAUGGAUGGAUUUAUAUAAUAUAAUAUAAUAUAAUAUAAUAUAACAUAAUAUAAUAUAAUAUAAUAUAAUCCAUUCUCUGCUAUCAUAUUAUAUUAUAUUUUCAGGUGUAGUUUUUUAGCUUUAUAAUUUUUUUUGACUUUAAAGAUCUUACUGUGCACAUGACACAUCAAAUAUCAAAGUGUGAUAUCAAUGCCUUGUUUAUAAAAAAGAGUGGUGCAAAUAUGUGUAUGCUUUGAUUCUUAUACUAACUCUUCCUUUGUCUACUGUCCAUCUCUCCUGCAUCGGAGCACUUGUACAUAUGCAGUCUACACAUGCACUUCAGUAUUUGUCAGAUAUGUGAAAUGACAUCCAUGCCGAAGCCAAGAUUCUAUUGCCUAUUUCCAUCCAUUCGUUUCGGAUGUUUGGCAUGCUCUCUUGAUAUGCAUUACUGUUUGUGCCAGUCAUCGAGCGAACGCGGUUCCUCUCCUGACUUGGAUUCAUGCAAAUUUAUCAUAAAGAACAAAAACAUCAA